AUGAAGAAGGCGAGGGGCGAGCGCCCGGCGAAAACCCGAGAUUCCAGGGAGCACGGCCCAAGAGGCGGGGAAAACGGGGACCGGGCGGGGGAGCACGUGGAGCCCGAAGGGGGGGAUCGUGCCCACCCGGGGGCGGUGCGUCGGCGCAGACUACCCGGCCCAGAACCCCCGAGGGGCGCGAGAACCCCGGGCAGCACAGAGGGGGGCAAAAGCGCGGCCCACCACAAGAGGCAGCGGGGGGAGCCCACGGGACGACCCGAGCAGGGCGGGAGUGUGGGGCCCAGCCCACCGCUCCCAGGGCACGCCACACCCGCGGGAGAGGGGACACACCCCACGCCCCCACAGGGGAGGGACCGCACCAGCACAGCCCAGAGAGGGACAAGGCGGGGGAAGCCACCGCGCGGGGGCCCCAGAGAGGGCGGGCCGCGCGGCACGAGACCCGGGCCCGACCAGGACUAG